AUGUCGUUACCACUACGACCUGCAUUGGAGAAUGUCGCUUCUGUUGAUCGAGUCCUGGAAGACUUGCUCGUUCGUUUUAUUAUCAAUUGUCCACCAGAGGAUUUGUCAAGUGUAGAGAGAGAAUUGUUCCAUUUCGAGGAAGCUUCAUGGUUUUACACGGACUUCAUCAAGUUGAUGAAUCCAACUCUACCUUCCCUUAAAAUCAAGUCGUUCGCACAACACGUUAUUAAACUAUGUCCUCUUGUGUGGAAAUGGGAUAUCAAGGCCGAUGAAGCGUUACAAAAAUUCUCAAAAUACAAGAAAAGUAUACCGGUGAGAGGUGCAGCGAUUUUCAAUCAGAAGCUCAAUAAGAUCCUCUUGGUUCAGGGUACAGAAUCCGAUUCGUGGUCUUUCCCCAGAGGUAAAAUCUCCAAGGACGAAGACGAUGUCGCAUGUUGUAUACGUGAGGUGAAGGAGGAGAUUGGAUUUGAUUUGACGGAUUAUAUCGAUGAGGAACAAUUUAUUGAAAGAAACAUUCAGGGCAAAAACUACAAGAUCUUUAUCGUUAAGGGUGUUCCUGAGGAUUUCAAUUUUAAGCCCCAGGUGAGAAAUGAAAUUGAUAAGAUUGAAUGGCGCGAUUUCAAAAAGAUGUCAAAGACCAUGUAUAAAUCCAACGUGAAAUACUACUUGAUAAAUUCAAUGAUGAGACCAUUGUCCGUAUGGUUAAGACGCCAGAAGCAUGUUAAAAACGAUGACCAAUUGAUACAAUAUGCGGAAGAACAACUAAAACUUUUGUUGGGUAUCACAAAGGAGGAAAAUACCGAUCCAGGUAGAGAUUUACUCAAUAUGUUACACACUGCGGUGCAAUCGAAAGACGAAAAGAUUGAACCUUUGCAAACUUUGCAAAAUGAGACAGCUGCAAUGACUGCACCAGUGGUUCCAUUGCAAUCACCGCCCGUGCCUUACCAGCAACAACAUGUCCCACCACUCAUGGGGUUCCAACCUUUUGCACCAUUUCCUUAUGUGAAUGGCAAUUUACCUUUCUUGAAUCCUCAAAUUGUGCCGUCGAUGGGUCAUCCUAACGGAUUCAUGCAAAUGAAUAAUCCUGAAGUCAAUGCGUCAACUCCUGAACCUUCCUCCUUAGCGAAACCAGUAUUAGCCCAGGAACAGGCAUCUAAUGGCACAUCAAGCUCUAAGCAAUUGUUGGAUUUGCUUAACACAAAGAAAACUGAAACUCCUAAAGUUUCAAUCCUGGAAAGACCUAUUGAAGCUGGUGAGAAACUAGAUUUGGAUAGUAAUAUUUCAGAUUCGCAGUCAUUGUUAAACAUUUUGAAGAAUCCGGGGCAACAAAAUAGAUUGAUCAAUGAACCAAAGAUUUUGCCCACUAGAGCCGUUGAAGAAGAGGCUUCAUUAAAGGAUGAAUUGACCGAUGAUGCAUACGAGGAAUUCGAGAGUAGCUCGGAUGAAGAAGAAUUACAAGAAAAGAAAUCUGAGGAAAGUUCUGACACUCAUAAUGAUUAUGAUAGCAGUUCUGAGGAGCAAGAAGAGGAGCAAGAAGAAGAGGAACAGGUCGAAAAUAUACAAAGAGAAGAACCGCCAGUCGGUUUAGUUAAUCAUGACGUUUUGAAAGAAAACAAUUUCAAACCAGAUGAAGUGCCGCACGUUGACGAACACAGCGAAAGUAUUAGGUCAGUUGAUGGUACCCAACUGUCUGCUGACAAAACGAAGCCCAAGCCCAAGUUCAAGCUUUUGAGACGUGGUGAAACAUUGGAUGAUAUCUUGCCCAAUGAAAAGACCACCAAACAGCCUACGGAGUUACCGCAAACUCAACCUGUUGAUGCUAACUCCCCUCAAUCUUCAAACUCUUUGUUAGAGCUACUGAAGAGACCAACCAACAAUACGAAACCAGAACCUAAGUGGCCACAAACCAUUCCAGACCAGAAAGUUUCGCCUGAAGAUGAACUAAUGGCUAUGAUCAAUAAGGGUCAGCGUGCUGGUCCCGCACCCGAAGCCCCAGCUGAGCAGGGAGCUACCGGGUCAGCUCAAUUAUUAAGUAUGCUGAAGAAAAGCAAGUCAAAAGGUACUCAUGACUCUCCUUUAGUCAGUGACACAGGCUCACAAUCAGCUUCUUCCGACCUUUUGAACAUAUUAAAGCGUAAUCCUGGUCCUUUCCACCAAAGUCCAAAUUACCAGGAAUCUGGCCUUGUGACUCCACAACAGCAAAUCCUUACAGAUCCUUUCAACAGCGGACCUAGACAGCCAGCAUCCAAUGAACUAUUGCAUCUCCUGCAUAGGAACAGGUGA